GCUAUGUUUCAUAAUCAGACUUCAGAAAAUUUAGAAUGGGUAUCUAAUAUGAUAAUUCUCAAUAAUUAGGAGAUUCGUUCGUUGGGAUUUUAAACUCCGUGGAGUUGGCGUUUUCUAGCACUUGGGCUUCACGUGCACGACCAUGGUGCAGAGUCGGGUACUAUCGUUGUUCAGGAUCACGUCUGGAAGAUGUUAACUGUCAUGGGGAGUGUCUAUCUCUUCUACUUGCUGGAGAUCAUCAUGUCCACUUAUUAUAGUCAUUCACAUGGGCCUGCUGUUAACGAGCAUAAUCAGUCACAUAUUCAGUAUUCCAUUGAAGAACCAAAUGGAAAUGAUUACUAUAUGAGUAAGAAAUCUAACUUCACUAGCGAUACUUCUGAGAAACAGAAGAAUGGGCAUCUUCAAAAUGGAUCUACUUAUAAGCAAAACGCACGCAGUUAAUGGAAAUCUUGUAUCAACCGUAAGUUCGACAUCAUUGGCAUCUCAGAUGUCAGUCGCGUCUACAAAGGCUCUGGUGGAGAAAGAAAAUAAAAGUAUCAUCACCCCUCUUGCUCUCAUGAUCACUGCUGGAGAUGCUAUCCAUAACUUUGCUGAUGGACUGGCAGUUGGAGCGGCUUUCAGUAUUGAUGUAAACAGUGGCAUUUCAACCUCAAUAGCAAUCCUUUGCCAUGAAAUACCCCAUGAAUUUGGUGAUUUUGCUGCUUUGCUGUCAACAGGGAUGAGCUAUAAAAAGGCAAUAGUAAUAACCUUAUUGGCACAAACGACAGCAUUUGUUGGCUUGUACAUCGGAAUAGCCAUAGGACAACAGGCAAACGCUAGACAGUGGAUAUUCGCAGUGACAUCAGGAAUAUUUCUAUACGUUUCACUGGCAGAGCUGCUGCCAGAACUUGUUAACUACUACAAGCAUUUAAAAAACCGAUGCGCUGUUUUGAUUUGUGAAAACCUUGGUAUCCUUCUUGGCACAACUAUUUUACUGCUUAUCGCAAUCUUUGAAGAGCACAUCAGAGUAUGACAUCUUGCAAAUUAUGCGAAAACAGUGGACACAAUGAAUGAUAAAAGAUGACUGUACACGGUUAUAGUAUGUAACCAUUUGG